CGCCAAACCGCUCACGCACCGCGGUUCCCGGGCUAAGGCCUGGGCUUGGUCAAGCACUUAUUUUUUUCAGAGCACUUCAGAGGUUACUUUCUCUUCGGAGAAGGAAGUCUUGGGUUCCCUGAGCUCUGCCUCAUGUUUGGCUCGGGGUCUCCACAUCUGCUCCCAUUGGUUGCUGGAUGAAGUCUUCUCCCGGUUACUCUGCAAUCCAAGCCUCUAUUUAAGAAAUGCCUGCUUUUGUGCCCCAAGCUCACAAAAAAUUUUAUGUAUAAAACAGAACCCGAAGGUGGAGCCGGCCAGGUUGUCUCAGCCAUUCGUCCUCAGUGAAACAUGAGGUCUGUGGGCUUGUGCACCUUCCUCCAUGUCUCAUUCAGUCUCUCUUACUUCUAGAGCUUGAACCCAAGUAAAAAUGCUGUGGAGAAAAUGGUAAGGACCCUUUGGGAUAGCGGUUGCGACAUGACCCGAGACAGAGAACCUGUUCUGGGAAGUUUUCAUUUCCUUUGCAUCCUGGCCUUCAUAGUCAGAAGCAUGAUCCAGUUCUCUGAGUCACUUGAGUUCGCGGUAGACUAUUCAAACAGGAACCUUACUCAUGUCCCCAAAGACCUGCCACCAAGAACAAAAGCCUUAAAUCUGUCUCAAAACUCUAUACUGGAGCUUCAGGUGUCCGACGUCAGCUUCCUGCCAGAGCUGAGGGCUCUGAGACUCUCCCAUAACAGGAUCCAGAGACUUGAUUUCGGUGUGUUCAAGUUCAACCCAGAUUUAGAAUACCUGGAUGUCUCCCACAAUCAGUUGCGGAGCAUCUCUUGCCAUCCUGUGGUGAGCUUGAAGCAUUUAGACCUCUCAUCUAAUGACUUUGACGUGCUGCCUGUGUGUAAAGAAUUUGGCAACUUGACGAAGCUGAGUUUCUUGGGAUUAAGUGCUACGAAGUUCCAAACCCUGGAUCUGCUGCCGAUUGCUCACUUGCACCUAAGCUACAUUCUUCUGGACUUAGUGGGUUAUCAUGGAAAAGACGGCGAGAGAGAAAGUCUUCAGGUUCUGAACACCGAGGCUCUCCACUUGGUCUUCCAUCCAAAUAGCUUGUUCUCUGCGGAGGUGAACAUAUCUGUGAAUGCCUUGGGAUGUUUACAACUGAGUAAUAUUAAAUUGAAUAAUGGAAACUGUCAAAGGUUAAUUAUGUUUUUAUCAGAACUCACCAGAGGUCCAACCUUAUUAAAUCUGACUCUCCACCACAUGGAAACAACCUGGAAAUGCUUGGUUGAACUUUUCCAGUUCCUUUGGCCCAGACCAGUGGAGUACCUCAACAUUUACAACUUAACGAUAGUUGAGAGCAUUAAUAGCGAAAUUUUUAUUUACUCCGACACGGUACUGAAGGCAUUGACAAUCGAGCACGUGACAAAUGAGGUGUUCAUCUUUUCAAAGGAUGCACUGUACUCGGUGUUUGCUGAGAUGAACAUCGGGAAGCUGACCAUCUCAGACACACCGUUCAUCCACAUGCUCUGCCCUCCGUCCCCAAGCAUGUUUGUGUUUCUGAACUUCAGCCAGAAUGUUUUCACCGACAGUGUUUUCCAAGGCUGCUCCACCUUAAAGAAAUUGGAGACACUUAUCCUACAAAAGAACGGCUUGAAGAGCCUUUUCAAGGUAGGUCUUAUGACUAAGAAUAUGUCCUCUCUGGCAACUCUGGACGUUAGUCUGAAUUCCUUGGACUCUGGUGCAUACGAAGGAACAUGCACUUGGGCUGACAGCAUAUUGGUGCUAAAUUUGUCUUCGAAUGUACUUACUGAUUCUGUCUUCAGAUGCUUGCCUCCCAAGGUCAAGGUCCUUGACCUUCACAACAACAGAAUAAUGAGCAUCCCUCAAAAAAUCAUUAAGUUAGAAGAUUUGCAGGAACUCAACGUUGCAUCCAAUUCUUUAACGGACCUUCCUGGAUGUGAGGCCUUCAUCAGCCUCUCUGUGCUGGUUAUUGAGCAUAAUUCAGUUUCCCAACCUUCAGCAGAUUUCUUCCAGAGCUGUCAGAAGAUUAGGUCCAUAACAGCAGGGAACAACCCAUUCCGAUGUACAUGUGAGCUGAGAGAAUUUGUCAAAAACAUAGGCCGAGUAUCCGGAGAAGUGGUAGAGGGCUGGCCUGAUUCUUACACCUGUGACUCCCCAGAAAGCGCUAAGGGGACCCUAUUGCAGGACUUCCACAUGUCUGCAUUGUCCUGCGAUACUGUUCUGCUGAUUGUCACCAUUGGGGUCACUUUGCUGCUGUUGGCUGCCAUCGUGGCUUUCCUCUGCCUCCGCUUUGAUCUGCCCUGGUAUCUGAGGAUGGCGUUUCAGUGGACACAGACCCGGCACAGGGCCAGGAACAUCCCCAUAGAGGAACUCCAGAGGAAUUUCCAGUUUCACGCUUUUAUCUCAUACAGUGGGCAUGAUUCCACCUGGGUGAAGAAUGAAUUACUACCAAACCUAGAGAAAGAUGACAUCCGGGUUUGCCUCCAUGAGAGAAACUUUGUCCCUGGCAAGAGCAUUGUGGAGAAUAUCAUCCAUUUCAUCGAGAAGAGUUACAAGUCCAUCUUCGUGUUAUCGCCCCACUUCAUCCAGAGUGAGUGGUGCCAUUAUGAACUCUGCUUUGCCCACCACAAUCUCUUCCACGAAGGGUCUGAUAACUUAAUCCUGAUCUUGCUGGAGCCCAUUCCCCAGUACUCUAUCCCUAGCAACUACCACAAGCUGAAAACUCUCAUGGCACAGAGGACUUAUUUGGAAUGGCCCACGGAGAAGAGCAAACACGGACUUUUUUGGGCCAACCUAAGAGCAGCCAUUAAUGUCAAGCUGGUUAACCAAGCAGAAACCACGUGUCACAUACAGAGAUAAGAAUUUUCUCCUUAUCAGUGGUGCUGCCUUGGACAGUUCUGAUAAUGGUGCCCUGGCUUCAACAUGAACCUAAAAAUGAUUUUGACGUUAUGAUGGAGACUUUUCUGCUUUCAAGCCCCAGUUUACCACUGGUGUGUGGUAAUAAAAAUCAGUGGAGUGCUAUAAUUUUAGGUCUUGCUUUGGUCCAGUAUUUCCUAUGUUCCCUUCCCUCCCUUCGGAAUGAUAAUGUGUAUCCUGUGCCAUUGUGCUGGAAAUAUGUGAUCUGCUUUUUGGGGGGUUACAGUUAAGAGAUUGCCAUGAGUCCCAGGAGAGACUUUGGGCUUUGAAACGGUGCCAAUACUGUGAUAGACAAUGGGGACUUUUGAAAUUGGACUGAACACAUUUUUGCAUUAUGAUAUGGCCACAAGCCUAAGGGCUCAGGGAAUGGAAUGUGGAGGUUGGAUUAGUAAUGGUCCCAAUAGGUUCAUACGUUUGAAUGCUUGGUUACUAAGGGGUGGCACCACUUGAUAGGGAUUAGGAGGUGUGUCCUUGUUGGGGUGGAUGUGGCCUUGUUGGAAGAAGUGUGUCACUAGGGGUAGGCUUUGAGGUUUCAAAUGCUCAAGCCAGGCCCGGUGGCUGUCUCUGCUGCCUGUAGAUAGGGAUGCAAAACUCUCAGCUACUGCUUCAGCACCAUAUAACUGCCUGCAUGCUGCCAUGCUCCCAACCAUGAUAAUGGACUAAACCUCUGACACUGUAAGCGAGUCCCAAUUAAAUGCUUUCCUUUGUAAGAGUUUCUGUGGUCACGGGUGUCUCUUCACAGCGAUAGAACCGUGAUAAAGACACUAGCACAAGAUGGCAGAAAUUGGUGGUGCCAUUUGAGGGCAGUGUCCGUCAAUAACUUUACGUGUAUUAAAAUUUUGAGUAGACAGCUAUUUGAGAGUGUGGUGAAUGUUAUCUCGAACACAACAUAUACAUAGAAAAAAAUGAAACAAAUAAAGCGAAAAACUAAUAA